ACGUCACGGCGCACCGUGCGCUGGGUCAAAGUUCAGCCCCGCCCCCGCUUCCCCCUCGCUGUCUCCCUCGGCCUGUGCCGCCGCCGACGCCGCUUGUGGGCCCGACUCCGCUCCGUCUGCUCCGCCACCUUCUUCCCGAGCACUGCCCGGCCGGCCGCCAUGGCUAACGUGGCUGACACGAAGCUGUACGACAUCCUGGGCGUCCCGCCCGGCGCCAGCGAGAACGAGCUGAAGAAGGCAUACAGAAAGUUAGCCAAGGAAUAUCAUCCUGAUAAGAAUCCAAAUGCAGGAGACAAAUUUAAAGAAAUAAGUUUUGCAUAUGAAGUACUAUCAAAUCCUGAGAAGCGUGAGUUAUAUGACAGAUACGGAGAGCAAGGUCUUCGGGAAGGCAGCGGCGGAGGUGGUGGCAUGGAUGAUAUUUUCUCUCACAUUUUUGGUGGGGGAUUGUUCGGCUUCAUGGGCAAUCAGAGUAGAAGUCGAAAUGGCAGAAGAAGAGGAGAGGACAUGAUGCAUCCACUCAAAGUAUCUUUAGAAGAUCUGUAUAAUGGCAAGACAACCAAACUACAACUUAGCAAGAAUGUACUCUGUAGUGCAUGCAGUGGCCAAGGUGGAAAGUCUGGAGCUGUCCAGAAGUGUAGUGCUUGUCGAGGUCGAGGUGUGCGCAUCAUGAUCAGACAGCUGGCUCCAGGGAUGGUACAACAGAUGCAGUCUGUGUGCUCUGAUUGUAAUGGAGAAGGAGAGGUAAUUAAUGAAAAAGACCGCUGUAAAAAAUGUGAAGGGAAGAAGGUGAUUAAAGAAGUCAAGAUUCUUGAAGUCCACGUAGACAAAGGCAUGAAACAUGGACAGAGAAUUACAUUCACUGGGGAAGCAGACCAGGCCCCAGGAGUGGAACCCGGAGACAUUGUUCUUUUGCUACAGGAGAAAGAACAUGAGGUAUUUCAGAGAGAUGGGAAUGAUUUGCACAUGACAUAUAAAAUAGGACUUGUUGAAGCUCUAUGUGGAUUUCAGUUCACAUUUAAGCACCUUGAUGGACGUCAGAUUGUGGUGAAAUACCCCCCUGGCAAAGUAAUUGAACCAGGAUGUGUUCGUGUAGUUCGAGGUGAAGGGAUGCCGCAGUAUCGUAAUCCCUUUGAAAAAGGUGAUCUUUACAUAAAGUUUGAUGUGCAGUUUCCUGAAAACAACUGGAUCAACCCAGACAAGCUUUCUGAACUAGAAGAUCUUCUGCCAUCUAGACCGGAAGUUCCUAACAUAAUUGGAGAAACAGAGGAGGUGGAGCUUCAGGAAUUUGAUAGCACUCGAGGCUCAGGAGGUGGUCAGAGGCGUGAAGCCUAUAAUGAUAGCUCUGAUGAAGAAAGCAGCAGCCAUCAUGGACCUGGAGUGCAGUGUGCCCAUCAGUAAACUCUGCAAACAAAUUGCACAGGUGGAUUUUCUUUCCACAUUUGCCUGAUUUGUUCUCAGCAAUCCAGCUGGAGUGUCUUAUCAAUCCAGAUGAACUGAGGGACAUCUGUUGGUCUAUGUAUAACUUUUAAAAUUGGUAUAGUAUCUACAGAGUGUAUAAUUUAAACUAACCACAAGGCUUUACAUCUUCAUUUCGACUGUUCCAUAGCAGAAUAAAGCACUUGAAAGGAAACAAGACUCCCUUUCACACAUGGAUUAUUAUAAGUUUCAAUCCUGGUAUCUGUGCUUGAUUUUUAUCAGUUUUGUGUAGAUUUUUAUGUUUCAUAUUUUAAAUUUAAAUCCCACAUUGUAAAGUUUGUACAAUUUGUCCUGAAGCUUUGUGUUUGGCUGCACCUGCAUAAGCUGCUACAAAUAGAAUAAAGAAUUUCAUAGCCUGUAUCUAUCAUUUAGAUGCAUGGAAAAAAAUGGGCUUUGCACACAAUGGGUUUGGAGCUGACUGGGAACAAUGGAAAAAAUUACAUUAGCUGUGGUUGUAAAGUUAUUUUGUUUUUGGUUUUGUUUUUUUUUUUCGUUUUUUUUUCUUUUUUCUUUUUUUUUUUUUUUUUACCAUCUUGUGAAAGGUUUCUGAAACUCGAUAAUAAAAAGCGGUUGGUGUAAAUUA